GAGGCACACACGAAUCCUCACCGCUUCCCAGUCGAGUGUUGUACGUGGUGGAGUAGAGACGUGAUCACCAGGCCAUAGCCACAAUACCCACAGCCCGCCCGUGGCCACAUACUCAGAGAUACUCGCGGUGUCGAAGUCAACAAUUAACACACACAGUUUUUUAGAAGAUUAAUAUUCCGAGCAUCGGCGAUCUGUAUACUCAGUCGGGUCAGGGGUCAAGAGGUCUCGCCAGAUAGGGAGAGGCGGCGGAGGAGCAUCUCCAGCCCUGCAUAUCUCGGCCGUUAGGAAUCGAUACGAUCGCCACCAGGCCCAGUGUUGUGCGCGUGUGUGUUUAGUCGGGAAAAUCGUAAAGAAAAAAGGAAAAACGAAAAACUAGUGACAGUGCUGCCCUGAAAUCCGAUGCCAGCGGUCGACGGUAUCUACGAAAUCCUGCUGGAAAACCGAGCUGCCAUGGAAACCCCCGCACACAGGCAUAUGUUCGCCUAGUAGUGGGUUAUUUCCCGAGUUUUCCGUGUUUUUUUCCGAGCUGCCUGCCUCAAAACAGUUGGUAAUCCGCCGCCCGAGCGAAUGCAACGCUUCCCUGGUGCCGGAACCCAAGAAAGCCGUGAUCUGUGAACAGACCAGUGAGCCCCGAAAGUGUCCCUUCUGCCUGGCCCAAGAACUGUGAAAUUAACAGCACCGGGUGAGCCGUAGAUCACUCGGCAAAAUGACUUCCCUCGUGUACACCGUCUUCCACCUGGCCACGCUGCAGUGCUCCGUGCGGCCGGAGAUCUCGCCCUGCACCUGCGAAACGGGCAAGGCCUGGAACCAUGUGGAGCUCUCCUGCGAGAAGCUCGAGUCCUUCGACGCCGUCGUCAACAGCCUGGCCAAUAAGCUCAACCCGGACACCCAGAUCGACCUGAAGAUCACGCACUCACACCUCGAGGACCUGGAAAUGAAAUCGUUUACGGAUAUGAACUUCAACCUCUACAAGCUGCGGAUGAACUGGAACGGCCUAAAAUCGCUGCCCGAGGUGCCGUUCCGCGGGUUAUCGAACGUCACCUUCCUAAGCAUCGGCGACAAUGAACUCGACGAGAUCCCGAAGCAUGCCUUGAGCCACAUGCCGAACCUCUUGACGCUGGACAUCGGGCGGUGCAACCUGCGGGCGGUGCAGCAGGAGGACUUCAGGGGCAUCCAGAAGGUGACGCACCUGAUCCUGGUGAGCAACUACAUCCAGCGCCUGGACAAGGGCUCCUUCCCCAAGAGUCUGUUGAUCCUGCAUUUGGGCAGAAAUCAGCUGGAGUCGCUCAACGGUUCGCUGCACGACCUGGACAACCUGCAGUCGCUGUUCAUCAAUGCGAACAACAUCAGCUCGUUGGAGGGGGAGCUGCCGGACAGCAGCCAGUUGCGCCUGCUGAUGGCCCACAACAACCGGCUGGAGCGGCUGCCCGCCAACAUGGAGGGAAUGCACAGCCUGGAGACGGUGCACAUACACUACAACCAGCUGAGGUCCUUCGACCGCGUCUUCCGCCACGCCGUCAAUCUCUCCGAGGUCGUCGCCGAGAACAAUGAGCUGGAGUACCUUUCGCAGGACGAGUUCGCCAGCUGCGCCAACGUGGAGAGCCUGCUGAUGGCCAGCAACCACAUCAAAUCGUUGAACUCGUCUCUGCUGCCGAUCCUCAAGCUGAAGGCGGCGAACUUCUCCUUCAACGACAUCGAAGAGUUCUCGAUGGCGGAACUGCAUGGCCUGCGCUCGCUCAAGACCCUCCAGCUGUCCAGCAAUCGCAUCCAGCGGCUGCUGCCCGAUCCCCAGGGAGUGCAGGACCUGGUCCUCGUCAAUCUGGACCUGGAUAACAACAGAAUCGAUGCCCUGAAUGGAGCUCUGGCCGGCCUGGGCAAUCUGCGCAUACUCAAUCUGGCCGGAAAUCGGUUGGAGCACCUCCAGGUGGGCGACUUCGAUGGCAUGAUCCGCUUGGACAUCCUCGACCUCACUGGCAAUCAACUGGCGGAGCUCACGCCCUUGGAAAUGACCGUGCUGCCCAGCCUGAAGAUCCUGAAGGUGGCGUACAACAACAUUACCAAGCUGGAGCAGGACUUCAAGGGGCUGCCCGUGCUGUGCCAGGCCAACUUGACCAACAACCAGAUCUCGACCAUAUCCAGUGAGCUCGUCACCAACACGCGCUGCAAGAACCACAAUGUGCCCGGAAAACUGGAGAUACAUCUAGAUGACAAUCCCAUAAUGUGUGAUGUGCGCCUGAACGAGCUGUGUCGCCUGAUGGCGGUCCAGGAGGCCCGCAUCCGCGGCAGGUCCCAGUGCUUCGAGAACGACCAAGAGGUGUGCACGGUGCUGCCCAUGCUGUACAAGGUGGACCUGCCCGUGCUGGUGCACAGCCUGAAGCUGGGUGGCCGCGAGGACGCCAAGCCGGUGAUGCAGAUGCUGGUGCCCAUCGAGGCGAACAAUAAGGUAGUGCCGUCGAUCAUUACGCUGCGAAAUCUGGUGAUCAAUGGCACCACUCUGGUCAAUCCGGUGAUUGCCCCCCUGCCUACCCCUCUGCUGCUGACCACCAGCACCACCACGCAGUCACCGCCUCUGCCACUUCCGGUGGUGGAGAAGAACGAGUCCCCAGCGAAUCCCGGCACCACGAGCAGCACAGAGGAGACCACCACAAGCACAAGCACCACGUCUACCACAGAGACCAGUAGCCAGGUGGCCCCAGCCGAGGAGGUGAUAACCACCACUGCACCCACCACCACGACCACCAGCACCACGACGCCGAAACCCAACGAAACGCUGCCCGUGAUUGUGGAGCUGCAGGAGGCCAAUGUACCAGCCACUCCACUCAACCAAACGGAUGUCAGUGUGGCCCAGGAGGAGGCAGCUCCCCAGGCUCCGCCGACGGUUCAGGAUCCCCUGCAGCAGGAGCUGGAGAGGGAGAGCGUUCUGGAGCGGGACCUGGACCACGAGGCGGUGGCCAAGACCGAGUACGAGACGGUGGAGUACAUCCCCAAUCUGGUGCAGCCGCCGGUGGAUGCACUGACACCGCCGCCCAGCAAGGCGAAUGCCCUGGAGGAGGACUCCGAGUCCGUGCACUCCAACUCCGUGCACGCGGAGUAUCCGCACGCGGCGCAGAGCCUGCAGAUACCGGAGGAGCCGCCGGAGGAGUGAGUCCCGCGCUCUGGGGGUCCAGGCUCCUCGGGGGGAUUCCCCGAAUAAAACAUAUUAUUUUACUGUAAAUCGCGGACGGACGGAGGAGGCGGAGUCGAUGGAGAUCGAUGGAGAUCGACGGCGAUCGGGCGGAGCAGCAUGCAAGCGGCGGAAGGAGCGAGUCUCGGAUUUGUAUGCCUUAAGUUAACUUAGUUCUUAUGUUUUAUUUAAGCCAUCGCUAAAUCGAACAGUUUGUCGGACCGGAUGCUUUUUUGUUGAGAUUUUUCGCCGAUUUCGAGAGGACCUCGAAGUCAGGACAAACGCACGAGGACAGUCUUAUGAUUUAAGCUUAUUUGUUGGGGGCUCAAUUUCGCGUAUGUGUGCCUUGGCGCAGGCAGAUUGCUUCUCGGUUUUCAAUUUCAAGUGAUUGGGGGGAAAUACCCUACAGUAAUUCAAAAAAUUAAAGUUUUUAAAUUUGCAACUAAAAAAUAUAGUUAUAUCUUGAAAUCUAAAGAAACAGAAGGAUGUUUAAAAAUCCACGAAAUUGAAAACCGAAAAACAUCCGACGAAAAAGGAAGGUGACGAUAUCGAAUAUGCAACUGCAGAUACACAUUAUCUAUAUUUAAUAACCGUAUAACCGUACGAACGUUGAACAUCUACAGUAGGUACUUAGAGUUAAACGACAGCAACAACAAGCCGCAUCGAGCUAAUGUUAAUAACGAAAAGCACUCACCCACAUCCAAACACACAGAACCACAUGCACAAGCUGAAGAAAAAAACGAAUAAAAAAUGAAAAACGAGAAAAAAAUAUUGUUAUCAGUUCGUUAACAAAAUGAGAAAAUAGAUUUUAGCGUGUAAAUGUAUGAAAAAGAAAAUGGUAUUCUAAAUAAAAUCGUAAACAAAAAUCAAAAAUGAA